AACCAUUUCAGUUGCUCAUCACACAACCAACUCAUCUCUUUCAUCUCUCUUUCUCUCUCCAACUUCUUAUUCAUCAGGACAAACAGACGCACGCCGACCUUGCACUAUCAAUGGACUUGUCAGCAGAGAACGACACCAAGCAACAGCGCCAGAAGGACACGGACGAGACCAGAGACGAAUUCCCGACGGAGCCACCAGUAUGGGCCACGAACACUUCGGCUUCGCAGGCACAGGACCUGGCUCCCCCACCCACCUAUGAUCCUUCGGCCUUCUCAGCCUCUGUGGACGCGUUGAACGCACUGCCGACGUUCAAGUCCCGUAAGCCCAAUCGGGUCUCGGUGCUGGCCUAUCCCACUGAUGGCUCACAACCAUCCUUGCCAACCAAAUCAACAAGCACUCCCCCAGGAGGAGUGAGCACACUCCCUGCGCCCAUUGCUCAAGGAGGUCCUCCAGCUCUGUUCGGAUCUUCAGGAGCAGGAGCCUCUACCACGCCCCCUCCACCAUCGGGUGGGUCUCCAGGGAUUAAGCUGCCUCCGCCGCCGAUGAAGAACCCAGGAAAUGGACCUGCACCGAUUCCUUACAACAAGGACUUCAGGACAGCAGAAAUUGUGAACCAUUGGAACGACCCCCCAACACAGAUCUUCAAGAAGGCGUCGCAAACCGAAGGUGCGGCGGCAUUCGACUUUGUCCCGAUGAAGGAAACAUUGGCUACAAUCAUCAAGGAGUGCGCUGCGAAUGUGCCUGCAUCUCAAAAGCGGAUGUUUGAGGACACGACCAAACGACUUCAGACAUUGCAGGAGCAGAUGGACAAUGGAACAGUCAAAGAGCGUAUUGUCGCACCGCUUGGUGAAAUGAUUCAGGCGCUGUCUUCGAAGUCGUUCACGCAGUGCCAAGCUAUACAUGCCAAGCUGAUGCAGACAGAGUUCGAGAGCGAGGGCAAGUGGUUGCUCGGGUUCAAGCGUCUGAUCGAUCUGUACGCCUCAUUAUCAUCCUCAAGCUGAGGUGUAUGACUGAGGGGCUUCAUAUAGGGCGACGAAGCACGGCAGGCAGGGUUUUUCAUGCGCGCUUUUUCCGUGAGACGACUAGCACCAUAGACAAGUCGCGAAUAAAAACGCCACAGAGCGGACUACUGUGUGCACGCCAUCUGUUGUCUCUGGGAUCGCUACUCUAUGUUGUACAAGG